AUGCCUCGACCCACGGAAUCCAUCAGCCUGUCGGACGCCACCCCAUCCGUGGGGAACACCGGAGUCCGGGCUAAAGGGAACAUCCCAGCCCAGGACACUGCAGGUCCUUAUCCGGCAGAUAUUCAGCUAGGCAUGAACGCAACAGAUGCCAGGGUUCUGCAUUUCUAUCUCAACGUCAAGUCACGACAAGGAAAAAUCGUCUCAGAAAAGUCGGAUGUGUCACUCAGCUGGAUGCUGUACGUCAAACCUGCCGUGACCGUCCACGAGCAGAACCUCGAGGCCUUCAGAGACAUGAACGGGAGAAUUUUCUUCCGGGCUGUCCGGUCCAUUGAGGCUGGGGACCAGCUGUUUGUGUGGUACAGUGAUCAGUUUGAUGAAAUCGGCAUCCCGCCGUUGACACCAGAUAAUAUACAAGGAAAUCAGUUGUAUGUGUGUAACAAGUGCGACAGGAAGUACGAAUAUCCGAAUCCGCUGAAGGCUCACAUGAGGUUCCGUUGCACCGUGAGCCGGGCCGAGAUCUUGUCCAGUCUGCUGGAGUCCCCACCAAUGUUCACAGUAGAGACGAGGCUCAUCAUCGCCACCAUCAUCACCACCCCACGGACCUCAGCGUCAAGUCAGCCUCUCGGGAACGAGGUUAACCUCAGCACCAGAGACCUCUUGCGCACUGUCUGUGCCCUCAACUGUGUGCCCCACCCCCGAGGGAUACGCUACCCGUUACCCUCGGAAAAGGCUGGUGAACCUCUAGACCUUCUCCCCAGACAUUUAUAUCUCAGCAAAUCACGAAAAGGACAUCUCUGCAUCUAUUGCGGUAAACUUUAUUCCAGAAAAUACGGGUUGAAGAUUCACUUACGGACUCACACUGGCUAUAAACCUUUGAAAUGUAAAGUUUGUCUCCGUCCGUUUGGUGAUCCAAGCAAUCUGAACAAACACAUCCGACUACACGCGGAAGGAGAGACGCCUUACCGCUGUGAGUUCUGUGGAAAAGUCCUCGUCCGGCGGAGGGAUCUGGUCCGCCAUAUUAAAUCCCGUCAUCCGAACGAAGUGCACAGGGCGGAUGAAAUCGAAAGCAAAAAGGAAUCGUCGAAGUCUGCCUUACCAGUGAAACGAGAAGUGCUAGAAACUGUGGAGUAA